GACAUGAACAUAUUUUUCCUUCUUUCAUCUGUUUUACGCAGAAGAGGAACACCAUACCCAAAGAUGAUUCUACCGAUUAAAACAAAGACCUUCUGGAUCAAACGGCCCUUGAACUCACGGUUUUAUAAAUAGGGGAACUUAGAAAAUUGAUCUUAACCAUGGAGUCAAAUCAACGGGUUUUGCCACCCAAAACAUCACCUGUAACCAUCGAGGUGUCGUUGAACCAUCAACGAAAAGACCUUCCGGCAGACAGUAUCGCUGCGGUGCAAGUCAAACACGAUGCCACUGUUUCUAUGAAGAUACCUCUCUUGAAACAACCUCGAUAUCGAUCAGAGGCUUUUCUUGCCAUUUCACCUUCACCACCGAAUCGUAAGGAAGUCAAGUUUCGCAACUCUGUGGAACACAUUCCAACUGGAUCGAAGACUGUGUCGCAGGGAUCUAAAUUCGCAAGGGGAGUUUUGAAAGCAAGUGGGGAGGAGUGCAAUCGGUGUGUUUCUGAUCAUGGUGGAAAACAAAAUGGUGAAAUUGACUCCAAACGACAUGAACAAGAGGAUCCUAAAUCGAAAAAGACAUCCCCGAAUGGAGGUGGAUCUGAAGAGAAAUCACUAAGGAAACAGAGGGCGCUUGAAAUAGACGUAACAAGACAUUGCUUAUCUCUACGACGACAAAGAAGGGUGCAAUUUGAAAUUGAUAGUGUUUCCUCAAACGGACAAUCUACUCUUGGAAGUUGUUUGACUGAAUCUUUUGUAGACUCCAAAACGCGCUCCUUAGAAACUGAAAAAGUGAUGGAAGCAAGCAGGGAAGAAAAUUCUGGCAGUAAAUUGAGUCCAAUCAGUGAGCUCAAAAAGUUUAUAGAAGAUGAGAAAGAACAACAAACUGAACCAAAGGAGGCAGCCACGAAAGAUCAAGGUGAAUUGUUGGAAACCAGUACGGAUUCCCUUGAAUCUGGAUCAGAGAUCAAUCCGUUGUGGGUUCUAGAUUCGAUUACAGCGUCUGUGGAAAAAUGCAGUUCUCCUGCAUAUGAAACAAUUUUUGAAGAGGAGGUAGAUAGUGAAAUAGUGUUAGAUAGUCAUUCUGAUGGAAAAACAGAAAAUUCUUCUUCUGGAGAAGAGGGAAUGGAGAACAUUUCUGGUGCUACUGCAGAUGUUAGAACAGUUUCCGAGAACACAGAGGAUAAGGAGGGAAAUAAACGACUUUCGCAAGGGAGUGAUGGAUCAUUUGGAUUCGAACCACAAUACGAAGAGGAUUUCAGCGGAUACGUGGAAGGAAAGGAAUACUUUAAGAACUUGCCAACAUUCCAUCGUCUUUUGACAAGUGCAGAAAAGGAGGAACUUGAUGAUGAACAAAUCCAAAAGAACGAGUUGAUUACUUUGCGACUCGAGGAGCAGAUACCAGGGCUCCAUGAGCAAAGUGACUAUGCCCAGGACAUGAUGGAUACUCACGCAAUGAGGUCGGAAUACUGGGACUAUCCAUAUCCCUCUCAAAGUGAGGCCUUUGACAAGGCCCUGAGGUCUGAGGAUAAAAGUCAACUGCUCGAGAAUAUGAGAAUGAAGAUCCGAGGGCGGUUAAGACAACCUGGCAAUUCAAGUAGCGACAGUGGUUGUCAGGACACCGAUGCUAACCAUAGUUCAUUUGAUGAAUCAGAUGUUACGAAUCGUUUGCAUUCCAACAAAGGACAGUGCCAAGAACAGGCCAAGGCACAGAUUGAAAAAGAACAAACAAAUUACACGUCCGAUUCGGGUGUAGAUAGAGAAGAAUCAAAUGUGAAAAUAAGAACCUCUUUAAAGAAAGAAUCUUCCUCUUUAGAUCAAUCUUCUUCAAACAGAAGGCAGAUUCUUGAAGGUCUUCAGAAACUAAUUGCAUCUUCAAAGGAAACAGAGUACAGUUUGCCACAAGACAAUAACCACCAUCCAGAUAGGCAAAGUAAUGACAUUGGUCUCGUUUCUCGGACUGGAAAUGAACCUUCUAUCCCUGCAAGGCCGAUGGCCCAUGGACAGCUCAAAUUCGUGCAUUAUGAAAACAUAACUAUUGUUAAGAAACGUGUUGACAAAGAUAAUAGUGAAGUAGAUCCCAAUACUCCAAACGGAAAUCAAGGUGCAAAAGAAAAUUGCAGGACCAAAAAUGACAAGAACGUGGGAAAUCAAGAAUCUAUUGUAGAACCUAUCGAUAUUGAUUUAUCAGAUCCAGAUGUAUUAGAAGCAACGAAAAGGAUGCAAUUGGCCUUUCGCAAGAGAAGGGAACUCCAUGGGUCAAAAAAGUUCAGAUCAAUGCAGAGAAUGCGAGCCGAAUCAGAUUCGGUUUCCUAUAGAUCUUUAGGCCUUUGUAGUUCAGCGUCUUUGGAAAAUCAUACUCCAUUUCAGGUUGACACUCCCACAGAGAACAGAGGGGUUCAGAUGAUCAGACACCAUUCACUUCCAAUCGAUUUCGCCAAUUCUCAAGCACACAGAAAUAUAAGAGGUGAUAACAAUCAUCCUGAUCCGCUCAAGACUAAAGAAAAAGCAAAAGAGAGGGUUUGCAAGAAACUUUCACGACAAAAAUCAGUUUCACAAUAUCAGCCUUACGCCACCUCAUUAAUAGAACAUCAGGAACAAUCUUUAACAGAUAAUAGACUCUCAGUUCAAUCUGUUGAAGAAAAUGACAGAGAAUUAGAACCAUUUGAAAAUGGAAACCCGGGCAUUGCUCUUUCAGAAGAAGUUUUCAUCAAAGAAGUAUCAGACAACACGCGCGCGCCACUUGCUCCUUCGUCUCCAAGCGAGGUUGUAAAAAUGGAACUCUCAAAAGAAACAUCUGAAGGAGGAGAUCUAGAUAAGAGACUUAAAUGUCUCACGGGAAAUGACAAGCAACCAAUGGAUACCUCACAAGAAAACUUGCAAGAGUCUGGUCCCGGUACGGUCCUGGAACCUGAUAUUGAUCUUAAAGAUCCCAAAGUUCAAGAUGCAUCGAAGAUGAUUCAGCAAGUCUUUCGUCGUAAGAAGUUGCUCAGCAAGAGAAGCAAAGGGUCGGUAGAGGACAAAGCAUGCAAAAAAGUACAAGCAAAUAAAGCAAAUUCUUUAAACCAUUCCGCAUCACCUCCAGAUACUCCUAUUACCAAAGAAAUUCAAAUAGUUUCUGAUUCUGAUAGAACUGAUCGCCCUCCGAUUUUAUUUGCCGACACUACAGUGAAUGUCGUAAUAUCUGAUGAUGAACUGGAUAAAAACACUGUGUCAAACGAACAGCAACUUGAAGACCCAACUGAAAAUAUAUCAUCAACCAAUAGCUUAGAGCCAGUAGACGUUGCUCUUGGAAAUACACAAGCUACUGUAGGCUGCCACACAUACAAAGGUGUGGUUAUUGUCAAUGAAAAACUUUCCAGACACCUAGAAAGUACUCCUAAACCAACCUCAUCGGAAAGGGAAAACAUAAUUCAUGCAGAUGCUAACGCCAAUUUUCGAUCACCGCUUCAAAAGAAGCACACGAUGAAACGAGCUUCAUCGAUUAAAGAAGCAAAUUUGGGCGAUGACAUCGACAUCGAUCUCCUAGAUGCAGAAGUAAAGGAAGUAACUGAAAAACUUAAAUCUCUACCGUCUCCUGCGAGGUUUCCAACCAAUGAGGAACUACAGGAUAUGGUGCUAAUAAAUGAAACGGAUUUAGAACGGAAGAAGCUGAAUAAUCAAAAUUCCCCACAAUCAAAUAAUGCAGAUUCCCCUGCUACCCUAACAGAUGCGACAUUGGAUACAAAUAAAACCAACAAGUCUGGGACAGAUGUGGACGUAGAUAUUGAUUUAUCAGACCCCGAUGUUCGGAAAACCGUUUUCAAACUUCAAAGUGCCUUUUGGAAAAAGAAGACUAGCAAAAAUAAAACACAAACUACCUCUACUAAGAAAGGUGUACAUGGAAAGAGUGUGGAAAUUAAUACUAAUAAUUUGACAUGCCAGAAUAUGAAUGAAAGUGCUACCUCGAAGAAAGAGAAUGGGACCUUCAUUGGAAAUGACAAUGGAAAAGUGGAAUCCGCUAGUGUUAGGUUGAAUCAUUAUGAACUUGAUACCAAAGUGAAUAAUAGAACUGAAAGAUCGGAUGCGCCAUCAUCUUCAACGAAAUGUGAAGAACUUGAGAAAACAUUUCAAAGUACAAACAAUGAUACGGCAAAAUCACGACCUGGAAUCUUUAAUUCAAACACAGGUAAUCUCGUCUCGACAUCAUCAAAACAUACCACUGAGAUUGACAUAGACCUGAAUGAUACCAAAGUUAAAGAGGUGACUAGGAAAAUUCAGAACAUAUUCAAAAGAAAAAGAACUCCUUCGAAGACGGGUGAGACUCCGGCAAGGGCGAGUCUAAGAAAUCUCUCACACGUCUGA